UUUUGGGAAUCGAAUUAUUUUAGGACGAAAGUACAAAAUAAUAAACUAGAAUAAAAACAAAGUUUGACAUUGACAUUAAAUUGUUUUAAUGUCAAAACAUUAGCAAAUUGAGGUUAUGUUAUUACCAUGGCGGCUGAGAGUGAUGUUUGUUUACCAGAACCAAUUAUGAAUACUACAUGCAAAUACUGCAAUGAGCCUGAGAACAAACAAGACAGACCUGGUCUGAUAUGCGAGAGCUGCAUUUGCUUCGUUCACCUCACCUGCUUACGAAGGCCCGGCACUCCUGGAGACUUCGCUUGCGAUGUUUUUUACGAUUUCACUUGCCAAGACUGUUCGCCUGAUAAAAAGGAAGUGUUUACGCGGAAUAGAUUUCCUUGGGUCAAUGUGAUUCACUUGACACUGCACCACCUCAACAUGCAGUCAUACGGCAUCAGCAACCAUGGCUACUUCCACUACAAGACUCAUAUCUGCUCCUUCAUUGAUAGAUACUGGCAAAUACUGUUUGGAAACCAGACGAAACAAAAAAAGAACUGGAUAGGAACAAUAGCUGGAGUUCUAUCAGUUUACAACAAACUGUUCUUUAAGUCAGGGUCAGCAGCACUCGGGGAGACGGGCUGGUGGAAACUGCUGCACACCUUCUCACCAGCAGUAGCUGCUCAUAUAAUUCAAGAAAUAGCCAGAGACAAGCCCAAAGUUCGACCUCGGAAUCAAAUGUCCAUUGAUAAAAACCUCUUCCUUGCUAAAGUCACUGAGAUGGGGUACAAGGACCUCAUCAGUAAUGAGGGCAGUCCAGUCCACGUGAGCUCGGAGCCAGUGCCGUGUAAGAAGCGUCGCGUGGACUCCGACGAGCUCAGCGCGGUGUCUAGCACCUCCUUCUACGAUCAGGUGGACUCUGAUAGCAGGAAUGAAAUAGGCGACGAGAGUGCUUUCGAGGAGUCCAUGAGCAUGAUGACACCCCGAGACUGUUCCUACUCGGACAUGGAGUUUAGGAGCUUCGACUUUCCCAGCCAUCAGAUUAUGCCAGUACAAAGUGAUUCCUCAAGCAUCCACUCAUUCCAACAAUCAAUGCUAUACUACGAUUCAGACUCCCGCAGUGGCUCGGACCACGAUCAGAGGAAAUUAACUUUCGAUCGUCCAAAGAAGCCAGUCGUCGAAGAAAAGCCUGUCAGAAGGGAAUCUCUCUUCUCCACCGAACUGAACUCAGUAGACUUACCCUGGGAGGACGAGCUCCCAAAACCAGACCCGGAUUUAGUGGAAAUGAGUCAAUACGAGGAGAUCCAGCUGUUGAAGAAAGUGGAGAACUUGAUCCCGAAGGUGAAGGAACCUAAUAAGAAGGCGUAUCUUACAAGACUGAAGGCUAAGCUGGCUCUGCGCCGUCUCAAGAGGCAUAAGCAUCUGCCUUUAUUUGAUUUGGACAAAGCUGUGAAGCUACUCGGUGGCUAUGUGACUGAAGACCCAAGAGUCAUUACAAACGCUGAAAGAGUUCUAGAUCGAUUCCAAAGAUCAUAUUUAAUCGACAACUUAUGCGGUACAAUAGCGAGUACGAACUACGGCACCCUGUUAAUAUCCAACAGCGAGCCCUCCGCCUUCCGCUCGUCGUACUCGGGGGCCACGCUCAAGCCCUACAUCCGCCGCGACGGGGACUCCGCACCCACCUGGCUCAAGCUCACCGAUGAACUGCUUAGGAAGACUAACAGACACAUAAAGGACUACGAGCCGCCUCCUCGCGCGACCAUCGACUACUCGUACGUGAGGCCGCACCACAUCGCCGCCGUCAACAACCUCUGUGCACAGUUCUUCUGGCCCGGGAUCGACUUGACCGAAGCCCUCCAGUACCCGGAGUUCAGCUGCGUGGUGACCUACAAGCGGCUGGUGGUGGGCUGCGCCUUCCUGGUGCCGCACGCGCGACACAACGAGGCCUACAUCUCCUUCGUGCUCACGCGGCCCGAGUGGAGGAACGCCAAGAUCGCCACCUUCAUGCUCUAUCAUCUGCUGCAGACAUGUACAGGUCAAGAUGUUACUCUGCACGUAUCGCCGACCAACUCCGCUAUAUUUCUCUAUCAGAAGUUUGGUUUCAAAGUUGAGGAGCUAAUACAAGACUUUUAUGAAAAGUACUACGACAUCGAUUACAAAGGUUGUCGACACGCGUUAUUCUUAAGACUUGUAAGAUAAAUAAAUUUUAAUUUAAGUGUA